AUGCAGAAGGAUUUACUUUGCAAUACCUCAAACACAAUACAAAGUUUGUCAAAUCCGAAUUUGCAAAAGGAUAACUUCCCUAAUGUCAACAGUAACAUAAUUUACAACACAGUUCAAUACUCAGCGUUUUUAAGCGUAAACGAAUCAUCCACACUUAUACUAACUUGUAGUUAUGAAUCCUUCCCGCCUGCAACAGGUAUACAAUGGAAAAAACAAAAAGACGAUAUUAACCAGCCGUUGUCAGACAGAGCCACUGGUGGCAAUUUGUAUGACCCAAACAUCACUUUCACAUCGGUACAAAAAUCUGACGAAGGAAAUUAUACGUGCUUUGUCACAAAUGCUGUAGGUACACGUCCUGGAAACUCAGUAUUUAUACAAGUCAAUGAAUCUAUGUGUCCAUGUCUCUGUUCAUUCAAGGAAAAGUUAGAGUUUUGGAAGAAUAAAAAUUUCACUAAGGAAGAAAUGUUAGAAUAUAUGGAACCUUUCUUGAAACAAGCCCUUGAGGCAAUGAAGCUUGAACAGAAAACAUUGUCCAAAAACAUCCGCAAGCGUACAAGUGCGAGGGAUGGCAGGAAAUCUUCCCAACAGAUUGGAAUUGUGGGUAUAGUUUUCAUUGUUGCUACGUUCGGAGGGAUAAUUGUUUUCGAUAUCAUUGCCAUCAAAAGAUAUGUGCAAAAUAUCAGAGGAGCGUUUAAUAGAGUUUAGAUAAUUCAAUCUUCAAUUUCCGCAAUAUUGGCUUAAAUUUUCUAAGUAGAAAUGUUUGGUAUACACACCUCUUUAGGUUUGAGGGUACAUACAGGAAACGGAAAUAGUAUAAACUAACAAUCAAUUACUGAACAUUAAAAAUAUUUUUUUUUAAUUUUUUUUUAAGAAUUAUUUUUUGGAACUCAGUAAUUAACUCUGGAGGCAGAUGUGAUAUAUUAUUAUAUUUGCAUUAACAAAUUAAAUUGUUAUUUAGAUUUUGACAAAAGCUUGUGAUAUAAAAUACUGUUUCUCCUUACUGAAAUAUUGUUGCAGGUUUUUGGCAACUAUAGCAAUAUUUUCAUGAUGAUAAAUUUUAAUUAUCAUUUAAACGUUUCAUUUAUCAUAAUUUGCCUGAGGUAGGCAUAAAAAUGGAUUUUAAAAUGACAUGAAAUUCAUCUUCUACAAGAGAUUGUGUUUUGGAGAUGUCCUCUCAUGAACUUCUUUUCGUUCAUACCUUUUUAAAUUUGCUUACUACUAGUUCAAUACAUUUAUCUCAAAAUCACAGUAUCGCUCAUAGUUAUAUAUUUUUAACAUCCCCAUAACUCUAAAGCUUUAAUUCUUUAUUCUGGUAUUACAAUCUCGUAAAGAUCAGAUUCUAAAAACAUUUCCCCUGUCUUUCCAUUACUAAAUACCUUGCUGAAUGUAAUAAAACAUUUGUCUUAAAUUGUUAAACGCAAGGUGGAUUCCAGCCCAUAUCACCAGCAAUGUUAUCAUUUGGCUUAUAGUUACCACUCCCAUGAAAAAUCUAAUGGCCCCCGUAUUGGCUGCAUUUUCAUAAAAGACCCUG